AUGGUAGGGACCAGGAUAGUUCAUGAUGGUCCAGAUUCCAGAUGGACUGAAAUACAUGUUAACACUUUUGGGCUAUACUUUUUAACUAUCGCAUGUGUUGAACAUUCACAAGCGAGUGCGAGAGUAGUUCCAAGUGUGAUGGGCGCAUAUGGUGUCAUACAAAAACAUCAUUCAUCGGUUCGACUCGGCUCGCACAUCCAAGCAAUUAAGGGAGAUGCAAUGGAGAAAGACUGGAGAAAGGAGAUGGUGGUUAAUGGAGGAGGAGGCGAUAGUUUUCGUGGAUUGAAUUCUAGUCUUUGGAAGAAAGGGAAAAUGGAGGAUAGGAGGAGGGGGUGA